AUGACAGUGGGCAUUGUAGCCGCUGGUCACAACAUGAUGGACGGCGUUUACAUGGUGUACUGGGGUAGUUGUAAGGCAACUGAGACCAAAGACACCUGGGUCCAUCUGGCCCUCAACAUCGUCGCCACCGUCCUACUGGCAAGCUCAAACUAUUGCAUGCAAUUGCUGUCAUCCCCAAGCCGAAGCGAAGUCGACCGAGCACAUGCCAAACGAAAAUGGCUUGAUAUUGGCAUCCCCAGUAUCCGAAACCUCACCUCUCUGCGACGGAAGAAGGCCAUUUUAUGGUGGAUUCUUGGAAUUUCCUCAAUCCCUCUACAUCUGGUAUAUAACUCGGUGUUUUACUCGGCGCUUGCGACCAACAACUACAACGUGCUUUACAUCGACGAUGACUUUGUCAGUGGUGCUGCAUAUGACAGGCAACUCUUUCCCGACAACGCCGAAUGCAACGUAACUGAUAUUCAGAGUCGAGCCAAUGAGUUUGAAAGGCUAACCAACAAGGAUUGUAUUGAUCUUUAUGCCAAGGAUUUUGUUGAAGAUCGCCGGAAUAUCCUGGUCGUUGUGAAGAAUGCCCCAACGGAUAACGGGUCGCUUUUAAAGAGAACAGUCAAUGAGUUUCCGGAAAAAAUAACGGCCGAGUACAACGCAUUUGAAUGGAUUUGCGACAGCCCUGACCUUGUGAACCAAACUGGGGCCUGCUGUCCCAACGAGUUUGGCUUCAUCCCAUGUUCAAAGAUGACCUCGAAGCUGCAAGAGAUGGCUGAUCAGUGGGAAUCCGGAGGGUAUCAAGUGGAUUACUGCCUCUCCGAGCUGGUCGAGUCAGAAUGUCAUUUGCAUUUCUCUCUGAUCCUGAUGGCUGUGGUUCUGGGCUUCAACGUUUUGAAAGUCCUGGGUAUCGCCUACGUGGCUUUUCGACUGGGUGAAGCGCCUCUCGUUACAGUGGGCGAUGCCGUCGAAUCGUUCAUUCGCCAUCCCGAUCGCACAAGUGAAGGCAUGUGUCUGGCGAGCCAUGGAAGUGUUAUCGCCUCCACCAAACUAGGCUACACUGUAACAUCGAUGCGUUACGAACCAAGUGCACACCGCUUCUACGAAGCUGCGACUUGGAAGCAAUGGAGUUUCCUGUUAACGCUCUUCGGAAUUGCCGGCGUCGGUACCUCUGUUUGUCUCGCUCUCGGCAUCGAUAGCUUCAAAGGCGACAAGACGAUUGGAAACGCCUGGGCCAUUGGCCUCGGGACUGUUAAACCUCAAAAUCUCGUCAUGGGGUGGAAUCUCCCUGGAUACGGCAAUACCUCGAUUGCCAUCAGCACACUAAUCGCCAAUACCCCACAAGCGCUAUUUUCAUUCCUCUACGUCUGUUACAAUAGCCUGUUCACCAUUAUGUUCCUCUCACGCGAGCUGAUGACGUUCAGCGUAACGACUGGCCGUGGGCGGAAAUACCUGCGCGUCAGUGACGCCAAGGGUGAGCAAAAAUGCACAUAUUUCCUCAAUCUCCCCUAUAAAUAUGGUAUCCCGCUUCUGGUAGGGUCAGGCCUGAUGCAUUGGCUGGUCUCCCAGAGUAUCUUCCUCGCAAACAUCACCAUCAUCCCGCGCGACGGGCUGGUGCCGAUGCAGGAUGAAAUCACAACGGUGGCGUACAGCCCAUUGGCUAUGCUGUUCCUCUUAUUUCUAGGCUUCAUCCUUUUGGUCUUCCUACUGGUUAUGUCGCUGCGGAAACUCCCCUUCGGAAUGCCUCUGAUCGGAAGCAAUUCACUGGCGCUGUCUGCCGCUUGCCACAUCCCCGGAUAUACACAAGCCGAGCGCGAUGAAGCCGUCCUGCGCCCGCUGAGCUGGGGUGCCAUUCCUACGCCCAGCAAGACUGGAGACUUGGGCAUCCGUGGCGUCGUGAACUCCAGGGACUCGGACUCAGAAGACCUCAACAGGGGGAUCGGGCACUGUUGUUUCUCCGACAAAGUUCUCGACGUCCCGUUGAGAGGAAGUUUAUAUUCAUAA